AUGAAUGGUGACAAUGAAGAAUAUAAUGCUCUUACACGAGUACUAAAUGCCUAUUAUUUAUAUGAAGACUACGCUCGCAAAGAGUUAUUAUCACCAAGAAGAUUAAAAUGGAAAAGUUUAACCCAAGAAGAACAAUCAUUAUUACCAUGGUUUCCUGAAUAUCUUCAGGUACUUGAGCAUUGUAUUAAACUAAAUGGAGAAUUCACUAGAAACUUAGCAACCACGGUGGCUAAUGAUUGGGGUGCAAGUUCUGAUCCAAGUCAAUGGGCACAAUGUGGAUAUGAAGAUUAUGAUAAAGUUAAAUAUGUUUUCAAGCAAAUGUUACGAGAAUGGUCAGAGGAUGGGCAUGAGGAAAGAGAUGUAUCAUUCAAUAGGAUUUUCCAAUAUUUAGAGACAAAAUAUCCAAAUGUUGUUGAACGUCAACAUGUCAAGAUUUUAAUACCAGGUUCAGGAUUGGGUCGAUUGAAUUUUGAAUUAGUUAAAAGGGGGUUUUGGUGUCAAGGUAAUGAAUUUUCAUAUCAUAUGUUGUUGGCUUCGAAUUUUUUAUUAAAUCAUUCAUAUACAAGAAACCAUUAUUCGAUAUUCCCGCUGAUUCAUAAUUUUUCAAAUCAAUUGAAUAGAUCAUUACAAACAAGACCAAUUUUCAUACCAGAUCUUCAUAAUCAAACCGAAUUGAUUAAUUUACAAACUGAGUUCCCCUCGAUCCCCGUGGGGGAAUUAAUGUCAAUUGCUUCAGGUUCUUUUACUGAUCUUUAUGGACCUGAUGAUUUAUCUAUAUCUGAUCAUUAUUCCAAAGAUCAAAAUGCAAGUGAAUUUAGAUUACAAAAUGCAAAUCAGUUUGAUAUAGUGAUUACACAUUUCUUUAUGGAUACUGCAUCAAACGUUAUAGAGUAUUUGAAAACUUUAAAUCAUACAAUUAAACAAGGAGGUGAAUGGAUAAAUUUUGGUCCAUUAUUAUGGCAUUUUGAAGAUGCUGAGGAUGUUGUUGAGAUUAUUAAACAAGAUGGAACUAAAGUCCCCACACCUGUCAAGGGUUUAGAAUUAACAAAUCAAGAUUUUUUAGAAUUGGCUCAAAAUUGGUUUGAAUUUAAACAUCAUGAGAAACAGAUAGAAGUUGGAUAUAGUUCUGACCCUAAAGGGUUAGGAGGAUGGAAAUAUAAAUGUGAUUAUUGGAUAGCUACAAAGAAAUAA